UUCCUUCAUGCAGCCAGUCCACAGCCAGGCAGGCGCGCUCAAGAGGAGCGGCAGCAUAGACGUAAAACGAAACCACAGACGCUGUGUGCGUGCAGGCGGCGCUCAGAGAUGAUUAAUUAGUAGAAUAAAGCUACUGUUAACCGAACGCCGCAGCUGAUCCGAACUCGGUGAUCUGCAGAAGACGCCAGCGCAUGUCGAGGAUAUGUUUAAGAGAAGGCCAGGGUCAGCUAUCAUCAAGCCAUCAUCGCCCCAGAAGGAGUAGCAGGAGUUUCAGUGACGGACAGUUCACAUCACUUUAUGAUUUAGUGAAUUAACGCCCCCGUGUCCGCCCCCCUCCUCGUUCUCCCUCUUCAGUUUAUAGGCUGCAGCGCCACCGAGGCGGCUCUGUGCACAUUGGAAACCCGGGAUUCAAUUGGUGGAACCAGGAAGGGAGCCCUGGCCUUUUCCCACUGUUGGACGGAGCGGAUUUGGAGGAAACGACAAGAGACUAAGCAGUAGCAUAAAGGAAGAAAACGGCACGACCUCUUGUUCUGUGCUGCUUAAGAAAUGUCGCCCAAACUGCGCACUGACUCUGCAGGAUGCACCGCUGCAGCUGCGUAGUUAGCUGAAGACGGACAGACACAAGCUCGUCCAGAACUUGUGCAGGAAUUUGACAGGAGGAAUUCAGCUUAACUGGUCGCUGACCACAGCUGCAGCAUUCUCCACCAACACCACCAGAACCCCGCCCCCCUCUCGGGAUAGAGCCCUGCGCUGUGGACUUGUAAGCGGGACUGGGGAGAUGUAAACAGUAGUCGGGCUGGAUUUUAAACUACGCACACGUCCCACGUUCUCCUCCAUCUCCCGCCUCCGCCUCCUGCUCCUCCCGGGCCGUCGGAGAUGGAGACGGAGAGGGUCGAGCCGGCGCAGGAGGGAGAGGAAGAGCCACCCAUGCACAGCGUCCACGGAACCAACCGGAUCCGACCGUCCUCCUACCGGGCCCUGCGCAGCGCCGUGUCCACCCUGGCCCGCCUGGAUGACUUCAGUCGCGAGAAAAUCGGCGCGGGCUUCUUCUCCGAAGUGUUCAAGGUGCAGCAUCGUGUCACAGGUCAGGUUAUGGCUCUGAAGAUGAACAUCCUGGCCAGUAACAGAGCCAACAUGCUCAGGGAGGUCCAGCUCAUGAACAGACUAUCGCACCGUAACAUACUCAGGUUCAUAGGAGUGUGUGUCCACGAGGGGCAGCUUCAUGCUCUCACAGAGUACAUCAACGGUGGUAACUUGGAGCAGCUGUUGGGCAGCGACAUGUACCUGUCGUGGACUGCACGGCUCAGCCUGGCUCUGGACAUUGCUCGGGGACUGAAGUACCUACACAGCAAAGGCAUCUUCCACAGGGACCUCACUUCCAAGAACUGCCUGGUGCGCUGGGAAGGCGGCGUGUGCUCGGCUGUGGUUGGAGACUUUGGCCUGGCAGAAAAAAUCCCAGAUUACAGUGAGGAAGAAGUCCAGGAGCCUUUGGCUGUUGUCGGCUCCCCCUACUGGAUGGCUCCGGAAGUGCUCAGAGGAGAAGUGUAUAAUGAAAAGGUGGACGUGUUUGCAUAUGGAAUCAUCCUGUGUGAGAUUAUUGCAAGAAUACAGGCCGAUCCCGACAUCCUGCCACGCACUGAGGAUUUUGGUCUAGAUGUGGAGGCUUUUCGGCAGAUGGUGGGAGAAUGUCCCCCUUACUUCCUGGAUUUGGCCAUUGCUUGCUGCAAUAUGAAUGCAAAGCUCCGUCCAUCUUUCUCACAAAUUGUAGCAGAGCUGGAGAAGAGGCAUGCUGAGACAAGGCAGAAGGAUGAGCCUCUGGUCAAAGCUGUUUCUCCAGCUGUUCAUCCUGUGCGAAGGCGAUCCCUGUGCCUCUUGUCAGAUCCCCGCCUCUCCCGUAGUAAGUCCGACAUGCUGCAUUCUCCAGACACGCCCCCAUCUGCUCCCUUGGCCCCUCCCGCUCGCUUCAACCCCUUCUCCCAGCGAGAGGAUCUCAAAGGAGGGAAGAUCAAGCUUUUCGACACUCCCAGCAAGUCUGUCAUCUCUCUGACCUUCACACUGCCUCCUCCACCAGACUGUGAUGACGCUCCUGCAUCUGAGGCCGAUGGUGCAGACAUGCCCAGGAGGCACAGGCGUUGCCAUUCGCUGCCUUGUACGCCGCCCCCGCACCUCACAUCAGCACCAAACACUGUCCUUACUGAGGAGGAGCUGACGUCCGAAACGGACAAUUCAAAUGGGGACAUGAACGGAGUGAGCGAGGAGGAAAGUUUGUUAGGCAGAGAAAAGGAGACAGGUGACUCAGGUCUACCGUUGUCUAUUGAGCCUCUAUCUCUGAACCUGCUGGACCAGGAGCAGGUGGAGGAGGAGGAGGAGGAGGAAGAGGAGAGGAAUGAAGAGCCCAUGGACUGUACCAGCUCUCCAGAUACACAGGACAUCACUUCAUCUCCUCAUUCCAAACAGCCCCCACCUCCCUCUCACUCCUCAACUCCCUUCCAACCUUCCACACCUCCCUUCUCAAAUGGCUGGGGGUCAGCUAUCUCCAACGGUCCUCUGUGCCUCCCACCCCUCUCUAGUCUGGACAACCACAAUAUGGUUGUGAGUCGACCACUUGGCUGGAACGCAGCCACCGAUACUCCGACCACCAACAACAACGGUUAUCACUCCCCGCCCAGUGACCCUGCCGGUUCCUCUCCUUUUGGCUCAGGUAGCGGACAUUCUCUGGACCAGGAAGAGGUGAUCUCCUGUCCCGGCUGCUGCCUGGCAGGUCUUCGCUUCCCUUCAGUGUGUCUUAGAGCUCCACCACGCAGAAACCCCUACAAGAACCUAAAUGGGGACCAGGCGGCCUCCCGUGGGCUGCUUGGUUCGGGACCCAAAGGCCUGCCGCCCUCACCUACCCCUACAACCACCACCACCAGCCUGGAGCCGGGACUCUCCUUGCCAGGGGUGCAAACAUAAACCCUGACUUCUCAACACCAAAUGCAUGCAGAGCAGCCAUGGACACUCUGCAUCAAAAUUUUCUUCCCUGGAAAUUAAGCGGGUCUUCUUAAAAUUUGCACAGAUUUUAAUGCAGCAAUACUCUGCUUUUUUCCAGACACUUUUUUUUUUGUUGCACAGGAAGCUCUGAGUGUCUAGAUGGGUUUAUUAAAAUUAUAUCCAGACUUUGAGGGAAAAAAAACAAAACACAACAAAACAAAAACAGAAAAGGCAGGCUUUCUCCAGGAAAGCUGUGGGACAGGAACUUUGGAGGUUAUACCCUUGCUGGACCGAGGGUCUGUGAUGUCAGCCGCGCCUGUGAUUUACUGAUGAUUGAAUGGAAGCAUCCAGAACUGAUCAGCAUGUGAACUCUGCAGUUUGGGGCCCAGUCAGUUUGAUCCUGUACAUUUACAGUUGUAAAGAUUCUUAUGGCGGAUGAUAUGAUACUGAAAUAAGGAAUGUUAAGCUUAGUAUUAAUACAGUUGCAAUGAUUUUCAAUGUUUGGUGCUGCUUCUGAAUGAACAGGCAGUUUUGCUUUAAUGUCUUUAAUUAUCAAGAGGUGUAUGGUGUAUUGCAGAGGUAUGUGUAAUGUACAGGUUUGUUUGACAUGAAUGUGAGAGGCUGUGUGUCUGUGCGCACUGUACACCAUUCUUAUGACUAUUUUUGUUUCUGUAUGAUCUUUGUUGGCUCUUCUGGUUGCCUGGUUAAGCACUUCAACCGUAUUACUGUUAAGAGGAGAAUUAUGUUUAUCUUUAUAUUUGGGAAUGAAUGUUAAAAACCUGCGCAAGAGUUGUACAGAUUAUUAUUUAAAACUGCAUUGAAUAAAAAGAUAGAAUGCACUGA